CCAGGUGGGGAAUCGGAACACAGCAUCAGGUAGGUUACGUUUAUUUGGAAAAUUACUUAUCACAGCGACGAAUAGUGGCUGUGUUAGAAACUAAAUAUUUCUUCAAUAAGCGACCAUACACCCACCACUGAAAUUGCGGCCAGUUUCAAGACCUGUAUGUAAGACCGUGAUCUAGAAAGUGAUAAGCUCCGUCAUAUCGGAACAUGGACAUGGAUUUAUUGUUCUUCUCGUCCAUAGACGAUGCCACGAAAGCAUGGCUCGACACUCUGCAUCGGAUGUGGGCAUUAUGGAAGAAAUGCGACGGUGUCAGCAAAACAUUAACGGAUUACUUUGAAACGGCACCAAAUCCAUAUUUGAGCACAUUGAGAAUCCUUGUCAACACCUCUGACUUUGAUCAUAUGACAAACAGCAAAUCGCUUGCAUUUGCAGUGAUAGAAGAAUUUUCAAAUUGGAUAAAAGAUAGAAAAGAAGGUUAUAAGGAAUUUCUUGUUCCUGAUUUGAAACUAGCAGCUUUCAAAUUAAUAAAGCAAAAACAUAUGAAACAAAUGCUGCUAAUUAAGAAUGUUUCUACUAUAUAUGAUUUCGUGGAACAUAAAGAUAUGUUUCUACAAGCAAUAAAGGAAAUGAUACGAGAUAAAGAAUAUAAGGAGGCUGCACAAUAUGCUGCAAUGUUACAAUUGCAGAGUCAUUUUAUGGAUCCAGAAAUAUUAUUAUUACCACUUAUAUUACAAAAUAAAUUACAAGUAGUUGACGAAUUUCUAGUUGACUGCCAAGAUGUUCAAAAGGCCUUGACGACUUAUUUAGAUAACUUGAUAGCACCAGGAAAAAAUGUACAAAUCAUAUUGGAACGAUUUAUUUAUGAAAAUGAUAUUCCAGAAGUUAAAAUAUCGUUAACACAAGUUCGUCCGAUAACUAAGCUUAUUGCACGUCUAAUAAAGCAGUACAAUUUGUCACCUGAUGUAUGUCCACACUUGAACACAAAACGAAAUGAAGGAGCAUUGCAAUUUAUCAUACAUAAACGUUAUGUGGAUGGUAGCUUAAAUGUUGCCAGUUGGAGGGAGAUGGUGAGAGAGGCAAUAGGAGGUGACAUUAAAUUACAAAAGGAAUUACUUCUUAUGUUAAUUAACGUUAACGAUGCACAAGAAGGUUUAUAUUGGGCGAGGGAAUAUAGAAUACCUAAACAAGAAUGGCCAUGGAUGAUUGUGCAUGCAGAAGAAAAUGAAGAAGAAGAAGAAGAAGAAGAAGAAGGUGCGCAAGGGGUAAAUGAUGGAGCUUCUACGAGUAAAGAUGAAAAUUGGGAACCAAUUGAAGAUAAUCUAAAUUAUCACGUUUUAAAAUUACCAAGAGAAUCUAUUAAUGUAGUGGAUAAUGGACGCUUAUUUGAAGAAUUCCUUGAUAAUGGAUUAAGGAAUGUUACUGUAGUUGGAAUUGAUUUAGAGUGGAAACCUAGUUUUGGAACUAAGCAACCAGAACUAGCGCUUAUACAAAUAGCUACUGAAGAUAAUGUUUAUAUUCUGGAUGUGACUACUUUCGGUAAUGAAUUACCUGAACUCUGGGCUGAACUUGGUCUUAUGUUAUUCGGAAAUAAAAAUAUUAUUAAAAUUGGAUUUGGAAUAGCACAUGAUAUAACAGUGAUACGCAAUAGUAUACCUGCAUUGUCAUCCAUUAAAAACCAUGGCCAAGGAUAUCUCGAUUUGAUGAUUUUAUGGAGAAAAUUAACGGAAGAUUAUAACUUUAUUUUUCCAUACAAGGGUGAUCCAAACUUCACAAGCAAGAGUUUAAGUAAACUUGUGGAACUAUGUUUUGGACAAAGAUUGGAUAAGUCUGAUCAAUUCUCAAAUUGGGAGCUAAGACCUCUAAGGGAAAGUCAAAUAAUAUAUGCUGCAUUGGAUGCUUAUUGUUUAUUGGAAAUAUAUAAGGUGUUAGCAGAUUAUUCAGCAGAUAUGGAUAUACCGUUUGAAGAUAUUUGUGCAGAAAUACAGCAUAUUCCACAUGCACAUAAAAAACCUAAUACAAAUAAAGUCACAUAUAAGAAACCUAUACAUUCAAAUCCUACAACGUCUGAUAGAGACAACGAGAAUUAUCGCGUGAACGCAGGAGCUUCACCAAAAUACGAAACGGCACCUAACUACAAAUCUAUGGUUAAACAGGGUUAUCAUAAUAAACAAAAUAAAUCUGCGCAUCUUGGAAUACUUAGAAUAGCUAAUGAUGAAAGACACGAUAAUCAAAAGAGAUAUGACAAUCAUGAUCGGGAUCAGAAUCGGGACAGAUUAGCGCGUGUCGGAAUAAUUCAGAUAGCUAAUGACACAAGAACUGAUAACCAAAGGAAAUAUGACAAUUAUAAUAAUCAUAAUCAGAACAGAUACGCACACGUCGGAAUGAUGCGAGGGACAAAUGGUGGAAGAUAUGAGAAUCAAAAAAGACAUAAUCAUGAGAAUUAUAAUAGAUUCGACAACUAUGAGAAUCAUAACAGAUACGAUCACCCAAACAGAUACAGUAAUCAAAGUAAACGCGAUCAUUAUAAUAGAUACGACAAACAGAUCGGUAGACGGGAGGAUGUUCAGGAUAGAUUUCUGGACAACUUUGAAAAGAUGAAUAGACCGGAAUCCAGAGUACAGCGACAACAUCAGGGGGACCCGGUCAUCGCGCAUACGUGGCGCGUUGUAUGCGACUCGAUGCUGGGUGGCUUGAGCAGCAAGCUACGGAUGUGCGGUGUGGACUGCGUACACGUCUUGUUCGAUCAGGGUGGAGACGAUUCCGCCAGAUUGGCAAUGCGUGAAAACAGGAUUUUGCUGACGCGUAAUAAAAAUUACGAAAGAUUCAAGCAGUUUCUACCACUAAAGAACUGCUACAGGAUAAUGGCCGACACACCUGACAAUCAAUUACGCGAAGUUUUAUGUUAUUUCGGCGUAGUUGUCACGCAGAAUGACAUUUUCAGCCGAUGCCAAAUAUGUAAUUGCGACGAAUUCGUCAAAAUCCCGAAGCAAUUAAUGGACGAUCUUGUGCAAAGCUUCGUGAAAAUUAUAAGAAAAAACAAUUAUCGAGUGCUGCCCAAUCGAGUCGACAGCAUAGGAAAAGCUGGCGUUGAUGACGAUAGCGACGAUUUCGAACUCGCUCGAAAUCCGAACAAUUAUUUUACGAACAGCGAACAUCGCACAUGGCGUCUGUCCACAGACACUAUCGAUAUCGCCACGUGUACAACGAGAUACCAAAUGCGAAUACAAAUCGAUAAGGUCCCACUGAAAGUAUUGAAGAAUGUACAGGUCUUUUAUGUCUGCGAACAUUGCGGGAAAAUAUAUUGGGAUGGUUCGCACUUGGAGCGAGCUCUUAACGGUGUUAUCAAAGAUUUAAUCGUUAAACAAUAAGUAUUAAUAUUAAAUGUGAUAAAAAAAACUCGAAGACUCCUGCUCAAAAAAUUAGAGUAAAGGGCAGAAAAAAAUCAAAAUCAUCAUAGUUUGAAAAACUUCGAGUAAUGAUUGUUCCUAGAAUUUACACGCCGCCAAUAUCGAUAUGUGAUAUUGUCAUGCUUAUUAAAGCGCUGUACACAUCUGAUCGUACUAAUAUUUGCAACAUAGACAAACAUAUAUUCUUUGUCAAUAUAUUGUUACCGUUCUUGUAUUUUUAAGAUAUAUUUUAUCGUUCUUUUUUUGUUCAUUUUAAAUAUAUAUAUAAUGUAGUGAAAUCGCGUUAUGAAAUAAUAUAAUCUUGAUCUGAUAAAAUCGAUCACAUAUUGUAUAGUUAUGAUGCCAUAGAUUUUAAUUUAGUUUAAGUUACUAUUAUAAGUUAAUAUUAUAUAAUAUUAUAAUCACCGCUAUCAUUAACUGUCAUUUUAUUAGCAUAAGUUGUUAAAUAAUCAAAAAGUUUAUUAGAUUUCUAUCAUUUUUUUAGAUUGAUAAAUAACAAGAGAUUUAAAGAUGCAGAUUCAAAUUAUUGAUUGAUGAGGACCACAAACACAAGUGUCGCAUUGUAAGAUGCAAUUUAAUACAUGACUGCAUAUUUAUGAUAUUCCUCUACAUAUAAGAGCAAAUCAAAUGCAUGCCAAGUACUCAAUGUAUCAACUUUGUUGAUCAUUUGUAAUUUCUUGCAACUAUCUUUGUAAUGAAAAAAACAACUAUCUUUGUAACAAGAAAAAGCAAAGAUGUCCAUAGAGUACAAGAUGAUGUUAUUCUGAUUUUUUUAAAUAUAUAUUUUAAUUAUUCAUAUAACGAAUAUAUUUACAUAGAAAAAUACGCGUAUCUAUUUUUUAAUAAAAAAAGAGAAUGUUGACAAAAUAAAAGGAAAGAAGUA